GUCUAUCUCCUAUAUAUACACAUCCUUAGAAUAGUCCAAAAAACCAGUUUUUUAAUAUACAUAGCUUGACAGGCACAUCUGAUUUGGCUCUCCUUUCAUUGCAUCUCUCCCUUGAAGGGGCCCUUACUUCCCCCCAAAGGUUCAUAUCUGGUAUUUGCUUGGCUGCUUGGUGUUUCAUCUUCCAUUGGAAGAAAAACACUAGGGAAUGCUGAAAAAUGCGCUUGAACUCUGGUAGUUCUUUCUACGGAGUCGGUGAUAUUCAAUCCCAAUUUCACCUACCAAUAUCCAACCUCUAUGGGGUAGGAUUUUCAGUAUAUGAUGGACUUGUACUUGAGGUACAAUUUGAUAAGGGAGUCACAAAUAGAAUUCCUACAGUUGUAAAGCACAAUCUUGGCAAAGACGGCUAAGUUGUUGAGUUCUGAAGACUUCUUCCCUGUAAAUUAUAUAUACUAUUUCUAGGGUUUUAGUUGGAGGAUACAUUUUACUUCUAUUAGGAUUUGAUAUUUAAAUGGAGCACAAAGGGAAUGUAUUGAUGCAUAGGUAUGACUUUGGGCGAUUGUUAGGCCAGGGGAACUUUGCUAAGGUUUACCAUGCAAGGAGCCUUAAAACUGGCCAGAGUGUGGCUAUUAAGGUUAUUGACAAGGAGAAGAUUAUGAAAGUGGGGCUAAUUAAUCAGAUCAAGAGAGAGAUAUCUAUUAUGAAACUGGUUAAACAUCCAAAUGUCUUGCAACUUGAUGAGGUCAUGGCCUCUAAAAGCAAGAUUUACUUUGUCAUAGAAUAUGCUAAAGGUGGUGAGCUUUUUAAGAAGGUAACGAAAGGAAGGUUCAAGGAAGAUGUUGCAAGGAACUAUUUUCAACAAUUAAUCAGUGCAGUUGAUUUUUGUCACAGCAGAGGUGUCUAUCACAGGGAUUUGAAACCAGAAAACUUACUACUGGAUGAGAAUGGAGUUCUAAAAGUAUCAGAUUUUGGAUUGAGUGCACUUGUUGAGUCCGAAAGUCAAGAUGGUUUGCUCCACACAACUUGUGGAACUCCUGCAUAUGUUGCUCCUGAAGUUAUCAGUAGAAAAGGCUAUGAUGGGGCAAAAGCUGACAUUUGGUCUUGCGGCGUAAUCUUAUAUGUUUUGCUGGCCGGUUAUCUUCCAUUCCAUGAUGCAAAUUUGAUUUCGUUGUAUAGGAAAAUAAGCAAGGCAGAAUAUAAAUUUCCUAACUGGUUUUCGUCCGAAGUACGCAAGCUGGUAUCGAAAAUGCUCGACCCUAAUCCAAGUAAUAGAAUUUGCAUUGCCAAAAUAAUGGAAACUCCCUGGUUUAGAAAAGGAUUCAAUUCAAAAGCCGCUAAAACUAAAGCUGAUGCCAAGAAACCGGAACCUGUGGUGGCCGAUUCAACUUUGGUUCCUUAUGAGGAUACUCUCACUUUUUCUGAAGAUAAGAAAGAGUUGGGCAAACCUACUAGUUUGAAUGCUUUUGAUAUCAUCUCUCUUUCAAACGGGUUAGACUUUUCUGGUUUUUUUGACAAAACUCACCAGGAGAAAGAAACAAAAUUCACUUCAAUGCACUCUGCCUCAACUAUCAUAACUAAACUAGAGGACACUGCUAAGAAUCUGCAGUUGGAAGUAAAGAAAAAGGAUGGAGGGUUGUUGAAAUUGGAGGGAUCUGAGAAAGGUAGAAAAGGUGCAUUGUCCAUUGAUGCAGAAGUAUUUGAGUUUACUCCAUCUUUUCAUUUGGUAGAGGUGAAAAAAUCAUCUGGUGAUACACUGGAGUACACACAGGUACUAGAACAAGGUUUAAGGCCAGCUCUCAAGGACAUUGUCUGGGCAUGGCAAGGUGAGAAGCAUGAACAACAGGAAGAGCAACAAAAUGCGCAUUCUUCCUAGUCGGUUUUUGCAUCGUAAGCAGUUUUAUUGUUCUCUUUGAAAUAUGAGAAUUCAUUUCAUUACAUGCUCAUCUUUGUAAGAGACUUCUGAUUGUGUGUUUGAUUCUUGUUAUCCAAUUAGUAGAUUAUAUAGUGUAUGAUCAUAGUUUUGGCAUGUGUGAAUGAGAUUCAACAUGGCA